AUGUAAUUUUUGGUAAAAUCUUCAGGUCGAGUUGGAUUCUUUGGUUUUGCUACAGCUACAGCUUCACAUAAAGAUAUUGCCGGAAAGAAUUUCUUGAAAUUCUAAAGCAAAUAUGCUGAAUAUGUUACUCAAUUCAAUUAAAAGCUGUAAGCUAUGUCUUUGUAAACUUUGAUAGUGAAGCUAUUGAAAAAGAGAAUAAGGCUCCAAAUGUUGCACCUCAAGGCAAAGCAUUCGAACACCCAUACAACAAUCCACACAACCCUGUAAAUUUCAGUGGUGUAAGUGCUAAUUACUAAGUUAGAUCAAAUCAUCUGAAUUGUUUUACAACUUUAUUGGACCAGAAUAAGUCUCACCACAUUAUGAAAACUUCUUAGUGGCUAGAAAAUACCUCCUUCUUACAUAUGGUGGUUUGAUUGUUAUUGGAUUUGCUGCAGGCACAACUAAUCUUCAUUGGAUUGCUAAAUCAUCAUUCUUGCCAUUCCUAUUCUGGAUGCAAAUUAUGUACUUCUACUUGGAAGGUCGUAAAUCAUUCAUGAAACCAUUGCUUGCUAGAUUUUACAGAAGAGUGGCUGGAAAUGAGUGUUUCUAACUUGAUCAAUAUUAUCAUGAGAACAUGCAACUCAAAAUCAGAACUCUUUUGGAAGCAGCCAAAGGAUAAAUUGAAUAUGGUCAACUACAUAAAGAAUUUAGAGAUGUUAAAGCAGAAUUAAUUAAUACAGUAUGUGUUCAUGAUCUAUAAUUAAGUUCCUCAUGAAUGAAUAAUUAAAUCUCCAAAGACAUGUUGCAGAGAGAUCCUCAAAUAUUCUUAAAUAAGCAUAAUAAGCUGAAUAAGUACGUAGAUUCAAUAAUUUAAGAUUAAUCAAAAUAGACUUCUAUCAGAUAUCAUUGAAGCUGCUCAAAAGUCACUUGAAACCAAUCUUAAGAGCAACCUUCCAGAAAUUCAAAAAGCCUUAUUCAAGUCUGCUCUUAGAGGAUUAGCUUAAGGAAAGAUGACUUAUGAAAAUGACCCCUUAAUUGACAUGAUUCUCAAGACUAUCAGAGAACAUGUCAGCAAAAUCUAGAACCUUUCACCAGCUGAGUAACAAUAUAUCAUAUUCCUUUUAGAUAGAAGAAAUUGAUUUCACUCAGUAAGGACUAAUUGGCUGCCAUCCAAGCAAAUGAUAAAAAGUAUAUAUAUAUAAUAAAUUCAGAGCUAAGGAAGAUUUCUUAAGAGCAGAACCAAAGAUUGAUUAAACCCUUAAGAACUACGAUAAUGUUAAAAGACAACUAGCUUCUUGGGGACAAUGAAUAUGAACAUUAAUACAUUAUAGCAUCA